AUGACCGCCUCCGACGAUGACCUCGAGCUCUAUGGCAUGGACGACUACUCGCCGGCCUUCCUCGUCGCGCUCGACGCGGCGGAGGAGGCGUUUCCCUCCAGCUUCUGUGCGCCCCCGCCGAGCAGCUUGCCGCUACCUACACAGGUGUCGACCGCCAGCAAGGCCGAAGACGACGACGACGAUGACGACGAGUUUGGGUGGGACGCGAUGCCGUUGACACAGGAGAUGCAUGACGCGCUAGAGCAGAUGGAGGAGGCGUAUAUGGGCCGGUCGCAGAUGAGCGAGGACUCGGAGACGCUGGUGGGGGAGGGAGAGCGGAUGAGAAUGAGCGAUGUGGAGGUGCGGUCGGAGGAGGAAGAGUCUUUAGGGACAAGAGCAGUCAAGACGGAGGUCGAUUCAGAUAGUGAUGUGGAGAUAUGCUCCCCAGUCAAGCCAAGGCGGGUGGUCCUCAAACUCGGCGCUCCCUCCAAUCCCGUCUCGCGCAAGCGGAAGCGAGCGUCAACACCGUACCCGGUCGGGGACUCGGACGCAGAGUCGGACUUUUCCGACGAUAUGGACAUUUACACGCCCGCAGAGCGAAAACCGAUCAUCCCCCGCCGCAUUCACUCACCGAUCAGUCUCUCCAGCUCAUCCUCCCGCUCCCCAUCCCCCCCGCCGACACGUGCGCAACCGCCCGCCCCACCCCCAACUCAUCUCUCAGAGUUCUUCGGGUCGUUCCCGGAGUUCAAGUACGACCCCGCCGGGCCGUCGACGCAACAAUACGACGCGCUGCGGGACCUGUACCGCGCGCGCCGCGAGUGGAACCCCGAUGUCGCCAAGCGGGCCGCCGCCGCGUUCAAGACGGCGAUGACGAUGACGUUCACCGACCUCUACGGCGCGGAGAACUCGUUGGAAAACUGGCAGCGGCUCUGCGAGGAGGUCCGCGCCGAGCCCCUGCCCGGCACCAUCGGCGAGUGCCAGCAGGCGAUGCGCGAUGCGCACGUGAACCUGGUCGACCUCACCGACAAGGCGUACACAGGCAGGCCGGUCGUGCGGUUCCCCAGCGAGCAAGCGCUGGCGAGCUAUACGUUUGCGACGAAGAAGUUUUUCCCGCUUGAGAGGGCGCGGGAGAGCCCGCUGCUCAGGCUUCUUCUGCGCCACAUCCUGAGCCCGCGCGUGGAGGGACGGCCGCUGGCGGGCGGCCCACCAUGCAAGCGCCAACGGACGAUGUAG